AUCUUUUGUAAUAAACAAAUACGUAGUCAACAGAUAGAAAAAGAUACCUAUAAAUAUAUACACAUAUAUAUAUACACACACAUACACACAUGGCGUUUCAUCACAACCACCUCUCUCAAGACCUUCCGCUUCACCACUUCACCGACCAACAACAACCGCAACAGCAGCAACAACAAAGCAUCUCGGAAACAACAGCUCCGAGUUGGCUCAACUCAGCACUCCUCCGUACGCAACAACCCCCGGCACAACCACACUUCACGGACACGAACUUUCUGAACCUCCGUACGACCGCCAACAACAACAACAACAACACGGCUUCAGAUUCUGACGCUUCUCAAACUCCCAACCAAUGGCUCUCGCGCUCCUCAUCAUCGCUCUUACACCGUAACCACAGUGACGUAAUCGACGACGUCAAUCCAACCAACGACUCAAUCAUCGCGGCCGUUGAAUCCGUCGAUUUGAAAAACAGCAACAGCGAAAACAUGAACAACAAUAAUAAUAAAAGCGAAGGAGUGGUUGUUGAGAGUGGUGACGGAAUGAUGAACUGGCAAAAUGCGAGGUACAAGGCGGAGAUAUUGACGCAUCCUUUGUACGACCAGUUACUGUCGGCACACGUGGCGUGUUUGAGGAUCGCCACGCCGGUGGAUCAGCUGCCGAGGAUUGACGCUCAGUUGGCUCAGUCGCAGCAUGUCGUGGCUAAGUACUCGGCCUUGGGCGCUGGUCAGGCCAUGGUUCCCGAUGAUAAAGAACUCGAUCAAUUCAUGACACAUUAUGUUCUACUGCUUUGUUCGUUUAAAGAACAACUACAACAACAUGUUAGGGUACAUGCAAUGGAAGCGGUAAUGGCUUGUUGGGAGAUUGAGCAAUCUCUUCAAAGCUUAACAGGAGUUUCACCAGGUGAAGGUACAGGGGCAACUAUGUCUGACGAUGAUGAUGACCAAGUUGAUAGUGAUACCAACUUGUUUGAUGGAGGUUUGGAGGGUGCAGACACCAUGGGAUUUGGUCCUCUCAUACCAACAGAGAGUGAGAGAUCCUUGAUGGAGCGUGUGAGGCAGGAGCUGAAACACGAACUGAAGCAGGGUUACAAGGAGAAAAUUGUGGACAUAAGGGAAGAAAUUUUGCGCAAGAGAAGAGCAGGAAAACUUCCUGGUGACACCACCUCUGUUCUAAAGUCUUGGUGGCAAACACAUUCCAAAUGGCCAUACCCUACAGAGGAAGACAAGGCUAGGCUGGUGCAGGAGACAGGUUUGCAAUUAAAGCAGAUAAACAAUUGGUUCAUCAAUCAGAGGAAGAGGAACUGGCACAGUAAUCCUUCAACUUCUACAGCCUUGAAGAGCAAGCGCAAAAGUAAUGCAGGUGAAAACAAUGGUGAUCAAUUCAUGUAAAUUGAAGACUAUCCAAGAACCAACCGGAUAAUUCUCUCUCAUGCUUCAACACCAAUGACAAAUUCAACAUACUGGUACUACAUAGAAACUGCAACAGAUACGGCUUCAGAAACAACUUUAGGUACAAUUGAAAGAGCCAUCGAAAAGAAGGUAAGUCAUGGUAAACCCGAUUCAUCCCAUAUUUUGCAUGUAUACAUAAAAGUCAUGCAUAUGGUGCUAUGUAUGUGAUGCAUUAUCUUCAGGAAUGAAGUUCAGUAUUUAGGAAUUAUAUUACUGUGACUGAAUUUAUCCAUUUUAUGCAUAUUGGCAGAUUUAUAAUUUUUGUUUUCGCUCAUAUUUGUGAAUAAGAUUAGUGAGGGGUUGUGGGUGUACAGUGUAAUAAUCUUGUUUUAAUUUCUUACAGUUAUACCAGUUACUAUUUAAGUUGUUAAUUUCAAUGAAGUUUGUAUAUGUUAUAGCGAUUAUUUAAGUUAAUUUUCAUGAA